AUGCCAUGCAAAUGUAAAUAUACAAGUUUAAACACCCGCUAUAGACACAAUCACCAAACGUGCCCUGUAUAACAAAAUAGUUGUUUUAGUUAAUAACCUCAACAAAAAGUUAAGAUAACUCACCACUAGGGCCCAUGACAGCCAAUAUAUUUCCGCUUGUCGCCACUCCUGACACAUGCUUCAGUAUUUCUUUGGGCUGUUUAACACAUAAAUCAGUGAAUACCAGACGAGAUAUUCUACACUCCACCAUUAUCAACGAAGUAUUAUAAAUAAAGCUUUUUGGUUAAAACGGUCUAUUGCUGAACUACGUGCCAAUUCCUUAUUUGCAUCCAUUUGAGUUCACUCAGCCAUUGAACCUUAUUUCAGGGCGCCCACACCGUAAGUAAUGGUCCCGAACGUUUUGUGAACUGGGUCAUACUUAUCGUAUAUCCGUAUAUCUUUAUACCAAGACGCUGUAUAUUUCAAAUACAUGACUAAUGUAGACAGUUGUUUGUUCCACGUGACCUCAUCCUGACGUCCCGUCUGUAUUUUCAAAUGGGUUCAAUGUUAUACUAUAGGUUAUGACAACCACUCGACAGUACUCAGAACUGACAACCACUCAACAGUAUUCAGACCUGACAACCACUCGAUAGUACUCAGAAAUGACAACCACUCAGCAGUGUUUAGACCUGACAACGAUUCAACAGUGCUCAGAACCCAAAACCAAUAGACAGUGCUCAGAACUUGUGUUUUCUGAUUUGUGUGUGAAAAACAAAUCUAAAGAAAUAUUGAAACAUGUAUCCGGAUCGGCACAGAGUGGAAAAAUGUUAGCUGUGAUGGGGCCGAGCGGUUCUGGAAAGACUACUCUUCUACAUUCCCUGGCCGGAAAAACCAAUGUUUUAUCCGGGGAUAUAACUCUCAACGGUUCGCUAUUUGACAAGCAACAGCGCCGUCGUCUUGGUUACGUGAUGCAAGACGAUGUAUUCCUUUCCAACCUGACGUUGUGGGAAACACUUUAUGUACGUGUCAUGUUUUCAGUGAUGAUACGAGUAUCAGACACACUUUCCAAGCAGGAAAAAUUGGAUCGAAUACAAACGAUUGUUGCGGCUCUGGGACUCCAACACUGUCUUUAUACAGUGAUUGGAGACAUAUUCCAGAGGGGUUUAUCAGGAGGGGAGAGGAAGAGGACGCACAUAGCGUGUGAGUUGUUGACAGAUCCAGACAUAUUUCUCGUAGAUGAGCCAACUUCCGGUUUAGACUCGAGUACUGCACACAGUCUGAUGGUACAACUGAAGAACUACGCCACUGAGUACAACAAGACUAUAGUGGUCACCAUUCACCAGCCCUCCAGUAAAAUCUUCCACAUGUUCUCCUCGUUACUGCUGCUGGUGGAGGGACAGAUGGCGUAUUUUGGUUCCGCUCCCGCAGCUAUCCCCUAUUUCACUAACCUAGGAUUCCCGUAUAAUCCGCGGUUCAACCCUGCUGACUAUUUAUCAGGACUGUUAACUGCAGAUGAGCACACCAUCAAUGUGGUAAAGACCUGGAGUAAGGAGCUGAGUGAUGCUCAACAUGUGUCAGAUGUGAAAAGAAGUCCGCAUUACCGACAUCGGGACCAUUGUGCAAAUCCUAGAAGUAAAAACGAGACGCUUGGGGCGUUUGCGUUCACCCCGGAGGAAAGAGAGACAACUCGUUGGCCAACGUCAAACUUGAACCAGCUAAAGAUGCUGAAUUGGAGAUCAUAUAAGCAGGCUAAGGGGAGAAUGUUCCAAACUUAUGACGUCAUACAUGGUUUCUUCCUGGCUGCCAUAUAUGGAAUGGUGUAUUUCCAAAUUGAAAACAGUGAAAAGACGUUACGAGAUAAGAUGGGCCUGGUUUUUGCUUCUUUUCUGCACUGGGGAUUUCAAAUUGCCAUCUCAACAACUCUGAGUCAUUCGGCAGAGAGAGGUGUUGUGUGGAAGGAAAGAACAGUUGGAGCCUACAGACUGUCCAUCUUCUACUUGUCCAAACUAACCAGUGAACUACCCCUACUACUGGUCAUCCCGACACUGUUUAACACGGCCGUGUACUGGACAGCUGGUCUCGGAGGUGUGGUCGGUUACUUCGUCUUCUGUGGUAUAGGAAUACUUAACUGUCUUCUGAUACAGAGUGCGGCAAGUGUCAUAGGAAUAAGUUUCGUCAAUACAAACCUCAGCAUACGGCUAUUAGAAUUUUGUCUUCUAGGUGGCACAUUGAUAGGAGGUUUUUACAAUACACAUCCUCCGACCUGGCUGAGGUGGAGUAAAUACAUUUCAAUCCUCCACUACCCUUACGCAGCAACAGUGUCCUAUCUUUUGAACGAUAUGGAUCCACUUUGGUGUAAUCAGACGAGCGUGACGAUGUACCCACAAUGCCGUGAUAAUACCAAUGUUGCCCUGACGUCACGUGACAUACUAGAUAGUGUUGGAAUAGACCUUCCCAUAUACUGUUAUAUAGGAACCAUUGUUUUGGUGACGUGCUUACUUCACGUGUUAGGCUACUCUGUACUAAGAUGGAAACGAAAUAUGGAUUGAAUUGACCUGCAACCUUUACAAUUACAGAAGGGGUGCAGAGAGCGUAACCCUUAAAGCAUCGAGGAUGGUAAUGCUGAAGACCCUUCCAAAGAUAAUGACGUUCAGGAUGCCCCCAAAGAAAAGUAAUAAUGCAUCGGAAAUGUUUCUUCCAUCAUUACUAUAGCUUUAUAAAUCAUUUCUGUAAAGAAAACCAUUCCUUGCAAAACUUCUAUGAAAAAGACAAAGAGUUGGAUUAAAAAAUGUUGUUCUGACUGUAAGACUGCAGCAUAGUAAGACCAUGAUUCAACGUGAUCAACGGUUUUUGUCUUCGAAACGAAAUUAUAAGAGGAGGGUUUUCGUAUGUCCAAAACCCUGAAAUGGCGUUCUUAAGUGUUUUGCCGGCAAUGGGACAUGAACCCUCAAGGAAGUGUAGGUUGAGAAAAAGUUACAGGCUUAAGUGCUUAAAACUUCCCGUCAUCAUAAAACUACUUUAAACAUUGUGUUUUUAUCACUGAAGGAACACACGAAGUGUUGUGCGUAAUAAAUGUAGCUAUUUCAUUUACUUCGUCUAAAUAUAUAUAUAUA